AUGGAGGACCUGGUUGACCCAGUAGACCCAGUUGACCCUGCAUUCGCUGACGAUGCAGAUUUUGAUAUGGAGUUCGUUGACCCCGAGCCUGCCAUGGCCCUCGAGCCGGUAGCUGCUCCUGACCCAGUGGUUGAGCAUGACCCUGUUCAUGCUGGCGCACCCGUUAUUGAUCCUGUGAUUGCUGACCCACCCAUUGAUGAUCACCCGGUUGAUGCUCCACUAUUGGAGGGUGACCAUGUUGUUGCUGCUGACCCUGUUGAUGCCCCUUUCAUAGCUGAUGCACCCGUUGACCCUGUUAUUGCUCCCCUACCUGAUCCUGUUCCCCUGGAGCCCGAGCAUGCACUAUUCGCGACCCACAUUGAUCCCAGGUAUGCGCACACCCAGAAUGGGUGGAUUGACGCUGAUGAUGAGCUCCCACCUUUCACACCUCCAGCUCGACCUGGAGAGGGUUCUUCGGCUCAUCCCUUUCGACAUGUAUCGGUAUCUAUCCCAGUUAUACCACCGUUUUCUGCUGCUAUUCCCCCUGUUUCUCCAUUCUCUGUGCCACCUUUCGAUCCAGCCAGUGAGCCAUUCCUUUGGUCGUCACCACCUGUUAUGCCACCGACCGACCCCUACCAUCCUUUCCAUAUGGGUAUUCCAUUGAGGACGUUUUGA